GCAUGAAUGUUGUCUUUCUGUAGUUUCUCUGAAGACUCUUCCAUGGUGGCACUGGAUGCUGAAUCAGGAGACAUCACGUUGACCUCUGACCUUAGUGAGGUCACAGAAGACACACUGCUAAACCUGACUGCUAUAGCGACAGAUCAUGGAACACCAGCACAAUCUGAUGAAGCCAAAGUCUUGAUCCAUUUCAAAAUUGAUGGUUUGGCUUUUGAAAGCUCCUCCUACAACUUUACAAUCAAGGAGAACGAACCUGAGGCCACGAUAGUAGGUAAACUCAAGGCAUUAACAUGGAGUCCACUGGUUACAGUCAGCUAUAACAUGAAGUCACACGAAGAUGUCUUCUCUGUGGAUGGUGAGGGAACCAUAAAAGCUCUCAGACCUCUGGACAAGGAGGCAGAGGAGUGGUACAUCCUCACAGUAGAGGCCGUAGACUCCAGAACUCCUCCAAACACUGCAGAGACAAUGGUCAGUGUUCAGGUUGAGAACGUGAAUGAGGCUCCUGUGUUUGAUGCUGUAAUAUAUGAGGCCCAAAUCCCCAGUAACUCUCCAUACAAAUUCCCUAUAGUGAAGGUUCAGGCAUCAGACCCUGAUGUUGGCGAGAGCUCAAAACUGCAGUAUUCCCUACUGGAGCACUGUCCAGUGCUGGAUGUAGAUGCAAACACCGGCAAGCUCUACGUACUGGAUGUAUCCGGUUUUGGAGACAGUAUGUUCACCUUACAGGUUAAAGCCACUGAUGAACUCGGACUGUUCACAACUACAACAGUAAUGAUCAAAGUGAGAGAAAGUGCAAGUGACAACUUUGUGGUCAUUCCAAAAAAGCCUAUGUUCAAACUGAAGAAGAUGAUACCAAAGAAAUGAUACCCCUGCUCGGCAUGGGCUGUUUGGAGGAGUGAUUUGUGUCCUAUAUUUCCAAGUCUUAAACACAAUAAAACAGUUUUUUGAACCAA